AACGCGACGCGAGUGUCGAAGAUGCUCCUCUAGUCUCGAAACGCUGCAACACUGGCAACCCACAUGGCGCUAGGCCUCGGCUCCGGGCUGUGCUCCGGGCCCGGUUCCGGGAACCAGUCGGACGCGUCGUCCUCGCCCGGAAUCAGCGUGCCGAUCCCGGUCACCCCCGUGGCUCCGGGGCCCAUCAUCCCCAACCCCAUGUUCGCGUUGCCGACGCUCAACUUCACGGUGUCCCAGGUGGCGGCGGUGUGUGAGACGUUGGAGGAGAGCGGCGACAUCGAGCGGCUGGCGAGGUUCCUGUGGUCGCUCCCGGUCGCCCAUCCCAACAUCCAGGAGCUGAACAAGAACGAGGCCGUGCUGCGGGCCCGAGCGAUCGUGUGCUUCCACAGCGGCAACUUCCGGGAGUUGUACGCGAUUCUUGAAGGCAACAAGUUCAGCAAAGGCUCGCACCAUAAGCUCCAGGAGAUGUGGCAGCUGGCGCACUACCAGGAGGCGGAGAAGCUCCGGGGGCGGGCGCUGGGGCCGGUGGACAAGUACAGAGUGCGGAAGAAGUUCCCUUGGCCGAGGACCAUCUGGGACGGGGAGCAGAAGACGCACUGCUUCAAGGAGCGCACCAGGAGUCUGCUGAGGGAGUGGUAUCUGCAGGAUCCGUAUCCCAACCCCACGAAGAAGCGGGAGCUGGCGCAGGCGACGGGGCUGACGCCGACGCAAGUGGGCAAUUGGUUCAAGAACCGGAGGCAGAGGGACCGGGCGGCGGCUGCUAAGAACAGUUUCCUUUCCAGGAUGCAGCAGCAGCAGCUCGCCGCGCAGCUCGCGCACCACGGCGGCGGCGCCCGCCAGCCGCCCCUCAGCCCCACGCCCUCCGACAGCGACUCGGACAUCUCCCUCGGCGCCCACUCGCCCCCCAUCAGCUCCCCCGGCCCGCUCCGGUUCGGCAAUGCCUCCCCCACGCCCAUCACCUCGUUCCGCUUCGGGCCGCACUCCCCCGGGCCCAUGCCCGCCCAGUACCGCUUCGGCAACCACACCACCUCCCCCAGCUUCAGGCAAUCGCCCCCGACGCCGCCGCCGAACUUCCGCCAAGAUAACAAGAGGGGUUCGGAGUCGCCGAUCAACGUCGACACCGCCACAUCGAAUUACAAUAAUUCAGCCGUCAAUUUGCGAUUAACAUCGAACGAGUCGCCCAUCGAUGUCGAUUCGCACGCUGAUUACGGGCAGGAUAAGAGCAGCAGCCCGAUCAGGGUGGACAACUCGCCGACGAGGCAGUCGCCGCCGAUGAACCUGAGGAUACACGCUGACCACGUGCGGAUGGCGCCCUCGGAUAACGCCAAGCUCGAGGCGCCCCUGCCCCUGAGGCUGACGUCCGGCCACCAGCUGACCACCCCCCUGCGGAUCCACGUCGCGAGUCCCAACCGCAUGACGGCGCCGCCGUCGCCGCACCACACCAGCUUGCACCUGGGGGCAGCGCCCCACGGAGGUAUAGUUAGAAUAGCGCCGUCGAGCCCCCCCAACCCCCCGGUGCUGCACCGGCCGUUCUCCCCGCCGAGGCUGACGUGAUAUAUACCGUACGAAUGGGAGGAUAAAGUGUGAAUACUUUAUAUGGUUUGCUGCAAUAUUUAUUGACACUGCUUGACAAUGUGUAUAUAAGUACAUAAGUGUGCGAACGAGGACGGACCCGUAUAAAAUUCUAUGUUCAGUGGCAAUUUGUAGAUUGUAUAUGGCAUAAUAUAUUUGAAUUUAUAGAAGAAUUUAGUCGAGACGCACUGAACGAUUUUCGAGUACCUACUAUACACUUUGGCGGUUGUGUUCGGUGACUAGGUUCAGUGUAGAGAGAAUGUCGUAUUCGAUUUUUGUAGAUAAAUUAUUUUAAGUCAACAUAUUUCAAUUGAUUUUCGAUUGUAUAUAAAAUACA